AUGUCAUACAGUUAUAACGCAACAAUUUCAGAUGAAAGUAAUACAGUAAAAGCAUGUAUACAGAAUGCAAAAGUAUCAUUUAAGAAUACAAGAGAGACAUGUAGUACAUUAAGAGGAAGAACACUUCAGAACUGUUUUGAGUAUUUGAAUAAUGUUAUUCGUAAAAUAGAAUGUGUACCAAUGAGAAGAUAUGCAAGAGGGGUGGGAAACACAACACAAGCAAGAAAGUUCAGCACAAAAAAUUUUGUAUGUACUAAAGGAAGAUGGCCAGUAAGAUCAGCAGCACUAAUGUUAAGAAUAUGUAAAAACAUAAAAAAUAACGCACUUAACAAGGGACUGGUACCAGAGAAUUUAAUUGUAGAUAUGGUGACGGUAAAUAAGGCACCAAUAAUAUUUGGAAGAUGUUUUAGAGCUCAUGGUAGAGUGAAUUCAUUUAAUAAGAGUCCAUGCCAUGUUAAAAUGGUAUGUAAGUCUAUUCAACCACGUAUUAAUGCAGAUGAUGAAGUAGUUGAAGUAAAAGAAUAA